AAGGGCUAUAGCGAGCGGGAGAUGACUUGGGAGCCCCGGGAGAACAUGGAUUGUCCCGAUCUGUUGAACGCCUUCGAGAAGCGCUGGCAGGAGAAGAAGGAGAGACAUAAGCAGAGGGCGAGGGAUGUGGAGAAACAGAGAGCUGAUAAGCACCUGAAGAGAGACAAAGACCGGCACUCGUCGGCCCAUUUAGAGGCGUCGACGAGUGGCCUCUCGAGGGAUGAUAUCAAACGCUCGGAAAAGAAGGCGAAGAAGCGUUCGUACGAUUCGGGCAGCGAUUCCGAUGACGACAAGCGUAAGAAACACAAACCGGCGCCGAAGAGCGCGAAGAAGAAGCCGAAGGACUCGGACUCCGAUUCGGACGACAAGAAGCGCAAGAAGAAGGAGGAGAAGAAGCCCAAAAAGAAGGACAGCUCGGACUCGGACUCGGAGUCGGACUCGAAAAAGAAGUCCAAAAAGCCUGAAGAAGACGAGGAGACGAAGAAGAUUAUGUCGAGACCGGGGCCCAAGAGAGCCAAAGAGGCGCGCCUUCAGAAGCUGAAAGAGUCGGCACAGAAGCCGAAACCCAAACCCGAUUCGGAAGAUGAGAGCAAAGACUCGGAUUCAAAAUCAACGAAAAAGAAGUCGAAAGACGACUCCGAUUCAGACAAUGACAGCAAGUCUAAGGCGAAGGACAAGGGAUCCGAUUCUGACGUUGAGGUCAAGAAAAUUAUGUCAAAACCGGGACCAAAGCGCGCGAAAGAGGCGAGGCUUCAGAAACUAAAGCAGUCGUCGUUUGACGAGAAAGAGAAGGAGAAGACCAAAGAGAAGCCAAAAGAUGUCGAUUCGGACGACGAGUCCAAGAGUAAGAAGAGGAAGGAAUACGAAUCGGAUCUCUCGGACGACGAGAAGACAUCGAAAGUGUCUAAAAGUAAAGAUGAGGACAAAGAGGACGUCGAAGAGAAGGACGAGACGGUGAAGAAGAUUAUGUCUAAACCGGGACCCAAAAGAGCCAAAGAGGCGAGACUUGAGAAACUGAAGGCAACGCCAAAGACGACGACUCCAUUGAAAGUUGGCGUCGAUCCCGAAGACAACGACUCUAAUGAAUCAAAUGACAAGAAGUCGUCCUCUUCUUGGAAUACAACCGAUUCUAAUGAAGACAAGAGAAAAGAAGACAAAACGAAGACAAAGGAUAAGGAUAAAGAAGACGACGACGAGAAGGAGGACAAGGAGUCGGAAAGCAGUGCUAAUAAGUCGUUGAGUGAUAGGCUAACCAAAGCAGUGAUAAAACCGGGACCGAAGAGCCGAAAAGAGGCACAGAUGGCGAAACUGAACCAAAGCUCGAGUGAAUCGAAAGACCAGAAAAGUGACGAAAAGUCGGAUAAAUCUGACAACAAAUCAGACGACGAGAGCGAGUCUAAGAAGUCGAAGGACUCGUCAGAAAGUGUGAGCAAAAGUCCGUCGAAGACUAAUAUCGAUGAGCAGCGGAAGACUAUCCUCUCGAGACCGGGUCCCAAACGGGCCAAAGAGGCGCGUCUCAAACAGUUGAAUGACUCGCUCCAGAAUAGUGUGGCGGAAGUGGACAGCAAUUCCAGUGUCUCUAACGAUGAGCCCAAACGAACCAAUGGCAUGGAUAAGAGGGCCAACAGUACGGACUCGUUGGACGCCAUCAUCGGUACGCCGGCGCCCGAAGAGGAGUCGCUGGAAAUGGAGCAGCAAUUGGUGGCCGAGAUUGAG